AGUCUUCUCAAUCAAGAGAACACGCAGAUGCCGAUGUCUACUGCCAUCAAAAUGCUUCCAAGCACAUUUCUUCUUGUCAUGCUUUGUGUUGCAUCUUCCGCUGAAGAAUUGAAGGCUGGCGGUGACAUGGACGCGAAGAUGAAAGAAAUGCAGGAACAAUCGAAGAAAUCAAUGGAGGAGAUGAGUAAGGGGUUCGGGGUGAAAAUCGAGUUGAAUGAGAAGACCACUCCCACAAUGGUGGAACAACACGUCAAAGAUUUUCGAGACAACAUUAAAAGUGUAUUCAAGCUCACUAAUGUGCAAAACUUGACUAUCGAUGAAUCGCUCAGAGCGAAAUCAGAUAAGAUGUCAUGCGAGGACCGCGGAAACUUUUACUUAACCAACUCAAAAAAACAUGCUUCUGAGUUGCAAAAAUUCUUGCUUUGUUUGGUAUGGACUUUGACAAAAUGGACGAAAAAGAGAGAGCUUAUAUGUUUAAUUGUUUUCACUGGAUCAACCCGGUUCAAACUCAACUUGGGUGCUCUAUUAAGAAGUGUGCCGCUGAGUAUAUAGUUAUUUGCCUCCUUGGCCCAAAUGAAGAAAUCAAGGCUUCUGACUAUAAAUCAUCCGAUGAUUUCAAAGCGGGUAAAGCUGAAGCUGCCGAAAUCGAAGCUAAAUCGGAAGCAAAUACUUCGUUCUCCACCAUUGCUCUCUUGAUGCCCAUUCUUUCUUUCUUCUUCUUGUAAAGUGUCCCAUGUCUUGAAAUGAAUUGUGUGAAUUGUG